AACUGGAGUCAUCUUUGUGGAAACCGCCCAAGUGUCUCAUUCAAGUAUUGAAUUUCUUCGCAGAAAGUCGAUGAACUAACAAUCAUUGCCAAUCUGUAGUUUGUGUCCGAAGCAAGAGGAUAUUUUAAGGGCCUCAAAACGCUCAGAAAACGAAGGCGAGAAGUCAAAAGUCAAACCCAAGGACAGACCAGUUAGACAGUCAUGCAGCAGAUAUCUUAUGAUCAGCCACAGGCAGAGUCUGAAGCACACUCACCCACUGGACAACAAGGCUAUGUCCACGAUGGACAACAAGGCAAUGUCUCCACCGGACAACAAGGCUAUGUCCCCACUGGACAACAAGGCUAUGUCCCCACUGGACAACAAGGCUAUGUCCCCACUGGACAACAAGGCUAUGUCCCCACUGGACAACAAGGCUAUGUCCCCACUGGACAACAAGGCUAUGUCCCCACUGGACAACAAGGCUAUGUCCCCACUGGACAACAAGGCUAUGUCCCCACUGGACAACAAGGCUAUGUCCCCACUGGACACCCUGCCCAUGCCCCCACUGGACAACCUGUCCAAUCCGUUCCAGGCCCUGGUGUCCUUGUGCAGCCCCCAGUGAAUCAACCUAGGGCAGGGCGGAUGAACAAAGCCCAUCUAAAAACUAUGCUGGGUUGCUCAAGAAUUUUUGAGUUUGUCGUCUUGUUAAUCGCCUCGCCAUGUGGUGUUGCUUACUCAAACCGUACAUUCGUUUGGAAUAGUCGAGCGUCGUUCUUCGCAGGAGUCUCCAUAUUUUCUUGGAUAAUGGUGAUAGUCCUCCUAAUUGCGUUUUUGUUUGGCAUCCACAAAGACCGGCGAUACUUCAGGACACCAUCAUAUGCCUCACUGAUAAUUUUAGUUGUACAAGUCUUCAUGACCAUACUACUCAUCGCUAGUACUACAAGCCUGGCUAUGCCCGGUGUUGAAUUGUAUAAAGCUGGCAAACGUGACCGUGAGCUAUAUGGUAAAGAAAAAACUUUUGACGUAAACGAUGUGUUUCUCGGUUUCGCCUUGGCGGGCGGUGUGUCGGCCUGUCUGUGUUUCGUGGAUGACAUCCCACAACUGAUUAAGAUGUACAGAUUGCAAAGGGCAGAGGAAAUUGCUGCGGCUAAUAAUACCCAGUAGCCUCUCUACUGACCUUCAUCUGCGGUAGCCUGGAUCAGCAACAAAGUAGUCAGUUUAAAAAAUUUGUAGAGGAAGGCUUUGUUUGAAAGCGCGUCCAUAGCUUUGAUUGAUUUUGUUGGUUAGCUGCAUAAAAAACGUUAUAGAGAGCUACAAUGCUGAAACUUAGUUCGUUUUGACUUGUCCUUUAUUCAUAUUUCACAUUUAUCAUGGUUAAUCUUUUUUUUCUAGCUAGAUUUUUUUAACUUAAGCAUAACAAGUAUGUAUUUCAGGCUUUUUGAGUAAAACUGUGGCACCUAUCACCCUAAAGAAGCGAUGAUCGUAAGAGACAUACGAUCGUGUGAAGUGUCACAUAAAAUACUCUGUCUUUUAUAUAUAUCGUUUGUUGAACCCUUGUUGAAAUAAAACUUAGAGAAUAAA